UAAAAAUUCAGAAGCCUAUAUUGGGCCGGGCUGGAGAGGUCCAUAUUUGAAUCCGCCCUCGUCCCACUCCCACCCUGACGGUGUUGCCUCUUGCACCCGCAGAGGCCAGCCGAAAUGCCGAUUUUGCUGCAUCUCCUUCCUUGACUAACGACCAAACCUUAGCUUAGGGUAAUCAAAUCAACAGCGUCACCCUUCUUUCUUCACCAAUCGUGGCACUUUCACAUCCUCUCUCUCUCAAAUGCAUUAAAUUAAAAACCAUUCCCAUCCCAUUCCACGCUCCAUGCGCUCCGCAAUGGACUUCACCAGGCUCUCCUCCCCUAAACCUUCCCCCAUCUUCACACGCCCCCUCACCUGGGUCACCUCCACCGCCCUCUGCCACCACCGCCGCCACCUGCCCCCGCCUCUACCACCACCACCGCCGCCGCCGCCUCACCCCGCUCCGCCGCCGCCCACCCAGGCGCCUCUCGCCUUCCUCCCUUCCCUUCUCUCCGGCAAGGUUCUAGAUUCUUCCAAAUGUAAAUCCAUUUUGCCCCACUUGUCCCCCCACGAAUUCGAUCGCUUAUUCUUCUCACUCCACCACACCGUUAACCCCAAAACGACACUCGCCUUCUUCCGUUUCGCCAAUAACCAUUUCAACUUCCGCUUCACCCUUCGCUCCUAUUGCCUCCUUCUCCGCUCGCUCCUCGCCUCCAAUUUCUUGCCGCGCGCCAGGUUCUUCCUCACUCGCUUAAUCGACGGCGACAUUCCGACUUCGUUUCAAGACCGCGAGACGAGGCUCUGCGAGAUAGCUUCCUCAAUGUUGGAGCUGAAUCAGGUCACGGGUAAACGACUCGGCGAAUUGGACUUGUUGCUUCACACCCUCUGCUCUCAGUUCAAGAGCUUCGGGUUCCGCUACGCGUUUGAUAUUUUCAUCAUGUUUUCCAAGAGAGGCGUUUUUCCGUGCUUGAAAACGUGCAACUUUUUGCUGAGCUCGUUGGUGAAGGCCAAUGAGCUUCACAAAAGUUACGAAGUGUUUGAUGUUACUCUUCAGGGUGUUGCGCCCGAUGUUUUCACGUUCACCACCGCGAUUAACGCGUUCUGCAAGGGAGAGAGGGUUGGGGAUGCUGUGGAUUUGUUUUGCAAGAUGGAGGGGUUCGGUGUUUCGCCGAAUGUUGUUACUUAUAACAAUGUGAUUGAUGGGUUGUGCAAGAGUGGGAGGUUAGAAGAGGCGUUUCGGUUUAAGGAUAUGAUGGUUAGGAGCAAGGUGAAUCCGAGUGUUGUGACUUAUGGUGUGCUCAUCAAUGGUUUGAUGAAGUUGGAGAAGUUUGAGGCGGCGAGUGAGGUGUUGGUGGAAAUGUACAACAAGGGUUUUGCUCCCAAUGAGGUUGUUUUUAACGCUCUUAUUGAUGGGUAUUGUAGGAAGGGGAAUAUGGUUGAGGCAUUGAGGAUUAGGGAUGAGAUGGUAUUGAAGGGCUUCAAGCCUAAUUCUGUUACUUUUAACACUCUUUUACAAGGUUUUUGCAGGAGGGAUCACAUGGAUCAGGCUGAGCAGGUAUUGGGGUACAUAUUGUCAAGUGGGUUGUCUGUGAACAUGGAUGCAUGUUCUUAUGUGGUUCAUCGGUUGUUGGAAAAUUCCAGGUUUGAUUCAGUUUUAAAAAUUGUUAGAGAGUUGUUGUCGAGGAACAUCAAGGCUAGUGAUAGCUUGCUAACCCCGUUGGUCUGCGGGCUUUGUAAAUGUGAAAAACAUUCGGAGGCAAUUGAGCUUUGGUUUUUGCUGGCUGGUAAAGGGCUUGCAGCCAAUACAGUGACCUCAAAUGCGCUUCUCCAUGGACUUUGUGAACGAGGGAACAUGGAGGAGGUUUUUGAAAUGCUCAAACAAAUGCUUGAGAAAGGUUUUUUGCUGGAUAGGAUCUCGUACAACACACUUAUUUUUGGCUGUUGUAAAUGGGGUAAAGUUGAUGAAGCUUUCAAACUCAAGGAAGAGAUGGUCCAGCAAGAAUUCCAACCAGAUACGUAUACGUACAAUUUCCUGAUGAAAGGGUUGGCUGAUAUGGGUAAAAUAGAUGAUGUUCAUAGGCUUUUACGUGAGGGAGAAGAAUAUGGCCUGGUUCCAAAUGUCUAUACAUAUGCACUUUUAUUAGAAGGAUAUUGUAAAGCUGAUCGGAUUGAAGAUGCUGUGACAUUGUUUAAGAAGUUAGUUUAUGAAGAAGAAGAGCUAAGUUCUGUUGUUUAUAACAUACUUAUUGCAGCCUACUGUAAAGUUGGGAAUGUGACGGAAGCCUUCAAAUUGCGUGAUGCUAUGAAAAGUGGGGGAAUUCUACCUACCUGCACCACAUAUUCUUCUCUGAUACAUGGAAUGUGCUGCAUUGGCCGUGUGGAUGAAGCCAAUGAAAUUUUUGAAGAAAUGAGAAAUGAAGGCUUGUUUCCAAAUGUAUUUUGUUAUACUGCUCUAAUUGGAGGUUACUGUAAGUUAGGUCAGAUGGACAAAGUGGGGAGUAUCUUACUGGAAAUGUCCUCAGACAAUAUACAACCUAAUAAAAUUACCUACACUAUUAUGAUUGAUGGGUAUUGUAAAUUGGGAAAUAUGAAAGAAGCUACGAAACUUUUAAAUGAGAUGAUAAGAAAUGGAAUAGCACCGGAUACCAUCACUUAUAAUGCUUUGCAAAAAGGAUAUUGCAAAGAAAGGGAGGUAGAAGUUGCUGUACAAAGUGAUCAUAUGUCUAACACAGGACUACCCUUAGAAGAAAUUACGUAUAACACAUUGGUUCAGACGUUGCAUCCACAUGCAGCACUUACCAAUAAAGAAUGAUGAGGAAACUUCUCAAACAUUUGAUGCUUAUUUGAUACCAGGGCUUAUACGGUUGAACCUUCCAUUGUUUAGCAUGAAGCUAAAAAGCUUGUUAUUAGGAAGAUGAAGGUUUUGCAUGCUUGAUCUCUAGAUGUGCAGAUGCUUGGCAACAACUAAAGCAGCAUACUCUUAACUUGGCUUGCUAGUUAAAAAUUAAGUCCUGGUUUUCAGAGCAGAUGUGUGUCGCAAUACAGGAUAUAGUUGCUGCUUAAACCAUGUUCCAGGUUAUUGCCGAUGCAUAUUUAGUGAUCCACUCAAGCUAGUUGCCAACAUACCCUGGCAUGAUUGGAACAAGAUGAGUGAUAUAGUCAAAGGCCAAAGGAUCAAAUUGAUAUGUUUCCAUCUUCUUUUCUGUUUGUUGUCUGGGCAUUCGUUGGAUUGCAGACCUUGGGAGUAUUGGUGAUAACAUUAAAGAUUUGAAGAACUAUCAGGGUCUUCACUAGUAAACACGCAACAUUUUAGUAGGUCCUCUAGCAGCAGAGCAAGGAAGAGGAUCAUUUGUCAGAUGUAAUGUUAUAGCUAAAGCAAAAAAUUCAAUCUGUCAAAUGGCAUCCCACCGAAGAAGAAUUUUACGAUAUUUAGGACAGGAAGGAAAGGUGAUUUGAAAAAGGAUAAAGGAAUUUUGCCUAAUGCAUGAAGACAUGGGUACACACUUUCUUUCUAGCUUGAAAUGUAUCUGCUGGUGGAAAAUAACCGGUAGAUUUUCAAGUUUCAAGGUACUCCUACGAGCAAGAUAAUUAGUAGAUUUCCAGAGCAAGAUAAUUAGUAGAUUUCCAGAGUAACAUAAUUAGUAGAUUUCCAAAUUUCAAGGUGGUCCCUGCAUUUAAAGAACACAGAUUUAGAUAAUUAGCAGUUAACAAAAUUACAAUUUGGAAAUGAUGAUACUGGCUUACCUUGACUAAUGAUCUAUUGAUUCUCCAUCUGGUCCCUUUCUGAAUUUGGUCCCUUUCUGAAUUAGGCCGAGAGAGGACAGAAUGAAAUAUGAAAGAGAAAUCUCUCCUAAUUGUGCAUGUGUAAAAACACCCUUCAAAUAUAUUGUUUUUCCUUCUAA